UCAUUUUUCUCUUUUGUCCUCCUCGUCUCAAAGUCUCAGAUGUUUGGCCAUUGUUUCACAUCCAUUCUCAGAUUUAGAUUUUGGACCAACAAAAUAUUAUACAUCUAAUUCAACUUGAGAAUAUUAUUAGCAUGAUUAUUCUGACAAUUCUAAUUCUUUUUAUUAUUAUUUUAUGAAUAAAAAAAUAAAAAAAUAACAAAAAAAAGGGAAAGAAAACAACCAAAUUAAAAUUUUACAAGAAAGUUGGGAGCGGUGGGGUUGAGGAGGGGGAGUUUCUUUGGAUCCGCUGCUGCAUCGUUCAAUCAUUUCUGGUUCCAUUUCAUCCUCCUUUUACAAUUACUGAGAGGAGAAACAGGGAGACACAAUAAACAGCGUUUUGCCGGAUAAAAGGUACAACUCUGCGCCUCUCUGUUCCGUUCCUUGUGCGCUUCUUUGCUUCAAGUAGGAGGAUUUGCAGCUUCAUUUCACCUGUCUACACGAUAAUUCUUUAGCUUUUUUUUUACCACUUCUCAUCUCCAAUGCAUAUAUGCUUUUGUAUGAGAACCCACAGCUAGUGAAGGCCAACUUCCGUGUUCCAACUGCAUGUGGAGUCUCCUUCUCACCUUCACAUCUCUAAUCCAUGGGAGAGUGGGUCAUUGGGGCUUUUAUUAAUCUAUUCGGCAGCAUUGCCAUCAACUUCGGAACCAACCUCCUCAAAUUAGGUCACAAUGAGAGAGAGAGGCAUUCAAUGCUAGAAAGUGAUGGAACAAACGGAAAGCUACCACCAAAGCCUAUUAUAUAUUUUCAGACUUGGAGAGUUGGUAUCAUAUUUUUCAUUCUUGGAAAUUGCCUAAAUUUCAUUUCUUUUGGUUAUGCUGCUCAGUCACUUCUUGCGGCCUUGGGAUCUAUUCAGUUUGUAUCCAACAUUGCAUUUGCUUACUUCGUGUUGAACAAAAUGGUGACUAUUAAGGUUAUGGUUGCAACAGCCUUUAUUGUUCUUGGAAAUGUUUUUCUUGUCGCUUUUGGCAACCACCAAUCACCUGUGUUCACACCAGAACAAUUGGCAGAGAAAUACAGCAAUAUUACAUUCAUUUUUUACUGUCUGAUUUUGAUCUUAGUUGUUGCCUUACACCACUCCAUUUACAGGAAAGGGGAACUUGUAAUUGCUGUUCCUGGACAGGACCUUAGACCCUAUUGGCAUAUGCUGCUUCCUUUUUCCUAUGCUGUAGUUUCAGGUGCUGUAGGAUCAUGCUCGGUGUUGUUCGCAAAAUCUCUCUCUAACCUGUUGAGGUUGGCCAUGUCCAGUGACUAUCAGUUGCAUAGUUGGUUCACAUAUUCCAUGCUCCUUUUAUUUCUUAGUACAGCUGGGUUCUGGAUGACUAGGUUAAAUGAAGGAUUGUCACUUUUUGACGCAAUUCUUAUUGUUCCUAUGUUUCAAAUUGCGUGGACAUUCUUCUCCAUUUGUACAGGAUUUGUAUAUUUUCAAGAAUACCAGGUGUUUGAUACACUAAGGACUACAAUGUUCGUACUAGGAAUGAUGUCAGUGUUCAUAGGCAUCACGUUGCUGGCACCUGAUGAAUCAAAAGGUACUGAAGGCAAGGAUAAUUCAUCUUUAGUUUCUGUGAUGUCUUCAAACAUUUCAAAAGAAGUGGACAGGUUGGUUGUGCCAUCUGAAGAUGGGCAAAAUAAAGACAAAGGAUCACUUAUGCAAGCAAUGCUGAUGAAGAUUUCGGAUAUUAUUGUCAAGGCAAAGACGGCUUGUGCAUUAUCACUUGGUGUUGGAGAGGAUUCAAUAAGCGCAUCAGCUGUUCUUGUGAUGCCCAUGGUGUCAUCCAAGAUAACCGGCUUUCGAGGAGGUGGUCUUGAGCGGGCCAAGAUAUUCUCCAUGAGAAAUUCUGGUUGGAGUAAGAUUCCUAUGGACGAAGACGGUGAAAAAUUGCUUAACCCAAGCCCUCAGAGCCCUUGAUAAUGGGAAGAAAAGAUGUUUGUUAGGAAGGAGAUAGUUUCAUACUGAUUGUGUUAUUAGUUAUACGACUGAAUAGGUUUCAAUGUUAUCCUAAUUAUGAAGCAAUCUUGUAUUUGGAAAAAAGUCUCAUACGCUAUAAAUAUUGUAUAUUCUGCUCACAUAAUUAUAAAAAAGAAAAAUGAGAUUACUUCUUGAUGAA